UUACAAGGUAGGGGAUGUACACGAGGUCCUGGAAGGAAUUCCUCCUUGGUCGUGGUUCAAUCUCUGAUUUGUGAUCCCGGACCAUAGAGAGCUCUUCGGUGGGGUCCGCACGCAGCACAGAGCAGUUACGGAUUUGCUUUUUUGGUAAAGAGGACAUCUGGAAGAAACUGCACUCAAACUUCCUCAGCCACACUCAACAUGGCAGCUUCCUAGCCACGCCCAAAAUGGCGGAACCCUUUGGCGUAGCUGGAGAGACGCUAUUUUCCCAAAAUGGAGCGAAAGGAGGAAAAUGUCCAUCACAGUUUCACCCCGCCUCCCGGGGACGGCUAGCACCAAUCAGUGGCGCGGAGGCAGAGUACAAAGCCAGGGGAGGAGCCUGCUGUUGCCCCAACAACAACCACGGAACCCAAGGCGAGCGCGGACGCGGAAGUAUCGCGGCUUCCAUCUCUCGCAGCCAGGAAGGUCCUGGGAAAGGCGCGAGCCAGGCCUGGUAGGCGCCCGCGGAGAAAAAAAACGAGUCAACUCAACCCCAUGAACUACAAGCCCCGUUGCUGCUUUCGACCCUCCUAACGGUUAAGUGCGCUAAGGGCAAUGGCUGAGGUGCACGUGAUCGGGCAGAUCAUGGGGGCCAGCGGUUUCUCGGAAAGUAGCCUCUUCUGCAAGUGGGGCAUUCACACAGGGGCGGCGUGGAAGCUCCUGUCAGGCGUGCGGGAGGGCCAAACGCAGGUGGACACCCCCCAGAUAGGGGACAUGGCCUACUGGUCCCACCCCAUCGAUCUGCACUUCGCCACCAAAGGUCUUCAAGGCUGGCCCCGGCUCCAUUUCCAGGUGUGGUCCCAGGACAGCUUUGGCCGCUGCCAGCUUGCAGGCUAUGGAUUUUGCCAUGUGCCCAGCAGCCCGGGCACACACCAGCUGGCCUGCCCCACAUGGCGGCCCCUGGGCAGUUGGCGAGAGCAGCUGGCACGGGCUUUCGUGGGUGGUGGGCCACAGCUGCUGCAUGGAGACAGCAUAUACAGCGGGGCCGACCGCUAUCGCCUGCAUACAGCUGCUGGUGGCACCGUGCACCUGGAGAUCAGCCUGCUGCUCCGCAACUUCGACCACUAUGGCGUUGAGUGCUGAGGGACCCUGUCUCCAGUGCCACCACCAUCCACACCCUGGACACCCAGUGAGGCACAGUGGUCAGGAGACCGUCAGAGCUGGACCCCAGCUAAGGACUCCUGUCCUUGCUAGGACCUCUGGGUCCCUCUGGGCCCAGUUUCCCUAUCUGUAAAUUGGGGACAGUCAAUGUAUGGGGUCGCAGGAUGUUGGGUGACAAGAGGCUGCUUAGCCACAGGGGAGGUGCUCAGUAAAGGAGCGCAAUUCUUACAGG